AUGGGCGAGGCGGUCGGCGGCGGUGGCCCUGUGUUCCCGCCUGCGGGUAUAAAGAAGAGGCCGCAUUCGACUUUUGCGGCCUACGAGGACUGCUCGGCCACGGACACACUCGUCUCGGACUGGCUUAACGAGGUCUACCCUUCCAAUCGACGGCGCAGGUUCUCUGACGCUGCAAUUGACGCCACGGCGUGCCACCUCGAGGAGGACGACACGAACGACUGCAAAGAACCCCAGAACAGACGCCACAGGGCCAGCUCUGAACCGGCCAUGGGUGUGGAUGACGACGACUGCUUUAUGCAGCAAAUGACACCACCGGCGACCGGCUCCUGGUCGCCCCCUUCGCGGCUAGCUCGUGCUACGAGCACGUCUCGAGCGCGUAGCGUUUCCCGAGGCGCCGCUACUACCCAUGCCGGACGAGACUCUCCAAACCUGGUGGAGUGCGACUACUAUCGGCGCGUCAACCUGGCCUCUAGGAACGGCAUUUAUCUGCGUCCAUUUGACUGCCCACUUCCUGUGGCCAUUCAGGCCUUGGUCGAGCCGCUCACAGCGGACCAUCCACCUCUCGUCCCGACGGAUGACGACCGGAGGGGCAUCAAGGGCAUCCGACGGAGAAACGAUGUGGACGCAAAGCCGAUGGAGAUGUCGGUACGGAGCGCUUUGGACAGCGCUCUCUUUCCCAAGCCUGACCCUGAACAGCAGCUGGGGCGCGUCGACAACAUGUCCAUGAAGCGGGCGGCGGUGCCGCGCAGGCUUACGGAGCAGCAGCUGGAGCGGCUUCUGCAGAAGCUCCCGUCAACCGAAAGGGGAACCGAGAGGCAUUACGCGAAGAUCAGCCUUCCGAUACCGGACACGCUGUACGGGUAUGCCUAUGCGGCCGUUCCCGCAGAGUUGAGGUCGCUGUGGGAGCUAGUCCUCGGCGACCUCGUAGUGGUCAACAACGACGACCUGGCGCUGCCCUUCCUCCUCAUCGAGUGCAAGGGGGACGGCGGGAGCAUGUGGUGCUGCACGAACCAGUGCCUGGGCGGCGCGGCAUCGUGCGUCCACGUCGGCGAGCGCCUCAACGCCCAGCUCCAGGCGGUGCGGCGGCCGGGCUCGUUCAACAGCGCCGUCUUCGGCAUCACCAUCAACGGCGAGCACGCCAAUCUGUUUGUCUGCUGGAAGCACAUCGCCGGAGAGGGGGAGGAGGACAGGUUGGGCGAUGUCAUGGCGACGACGGCGGCGUUUUACAUGCAGCGGAUAGGAUACUACGCCCUCCAGGACAUGCAGCAUUUCUUGAAGCUGAAGCGUUGCGUGCGCAUGAUUAUUGAGUGGGGAAUGGGAGCGAGGAUGAAGGAGGUUGAGGAGAUUAUAAGACUGGCAGGAACGAGGAAAAGAAAGGAAAGGGAAGUCGAGAGCUUCGAAGAAAACGUCGAAGUAGAAGGCACGGUGGCGUUGUAG